CCCGUAAAGUCCGUGUGAAACGGUGAUACGAUCUCAGUUUUCCUUGGCGUGGGAGAAGGAAGAAAAAUAGAACAGUGAGUGAAAAAGACAAAGGUAACCUAGACCUAGAUUGGUGAAUCGAAGCGAGGUGCAUCUGCAAACUCAAUCGCCAUGGAAGCCGUUGCUAGAAGAAGAGGUGGAGGAAUUUUCGAAAGCCUUUACAAGGUUGUUAUGCGUCGCAACUCUGUCUAUGUUACUUUUGUCAUCGCUGGCGCCUUCCUCGGAGAACGGGCUGUUGAUUAUGGAGUCCACAAGAUCUGGGAGGCUAAUAAUGUUGGGAAACGAUAUGAAGACAUUCCUGUGCUAGGGCAAAAGCUGUCAGAAGAAUAACCAGUUUGUUAGCUUUUUUCUAGUUUUAUUAUAUUCUUGAAAUUUGAGGGGAACAUUAAGAGCUGGAAGCAGUUUCCAUUUUUACAAUAAAUACCUUAUGCUUGUAUCUUUCAGGCUUUAACUCUUAUGCGUGGUUUCAUUUUCUGACCUUUGAACCAUUGCAGAAUUCUGUAUUUUUUUGAAACCAGGAAUCAUUGGUUAUGAAAAUUGCAUGCUUUCUACUUA